AUGUCGUAUUUGGCAGCUGUGUGUAUACUGUCGCCAGCAUCAAAUAAUGUCAUAUCACUUGAACAUCAUAGCACUGAGUUGAUAGCGAUAAAUACUUCAGACACUGAGUUGCUAGCGAUAAAGACUUCAGACACUGAGUUGAUAGCGAUAAAUACUUCAGACACUGAGUUGCUAGCGAUAAAGACUUCAGACACUGAGUUGAUAGCGAUAAAUACUUCAGACACUGAGUUGAUAGCGAUAAAUACUUCAGACACUGAGUUGCUAGCGAUAAUGACUUCAAACACUGAGUUGCUAGCGAUAAAUACUUCAGACACUGAGUUGAUAGCGAUAAAUACUUCAGACACUGAGUUGCUAGCGAUAAAGACUUCAGACACUGAGUUGAUAGCGAUAAAUACUUCAGACACUGAGUUGAUAGCGAUAAAUACUUCAGACACUGAGUUGCUAGCGAUAAAGACUUCAGACACUGAGUUACUAGCGAUAAAUACUUUGGACACUGAGUUGCUAAGACACUGA